UCGAAAAUGAUAAAUGAGUCUUAGAUCUUCAUAAAAGGCUGGUAUAAAAGAUGCAGUUUAAUGGCAGCAUUUUUGUUAUCCAAUAACAGGAAGUAGAAAUUGUUAAUGCGAUUUCGCUGCAGCAUCUUGUUCAUUUUUUUCACUUUUUAUUUUGCCAGCUGCACUAUGAAUUCUGUUUUCUCGCUUUUCGUUCUGCUAAUUGUUCUGCAUGGUCCACUCGGUUAUGCAUACAGCGACAACAAAAAGGGUCAGUUUACUGCAGCAAUGCCGGAAGAGUUCCCUGUGUUUUCCACCGAGCCAAUGACACAUGACCAGUGUGGCAUGCAGUUCACCGCUAACUGUCAGCCGAAUUAUACUGACUACUUUUACACCAGGGUUAACUGCACGCAGUAUCAAGGUUUGGCUAUGUUUUGUAACGCCAGUGCCAGUGCAACGGAAAUUCAUCAACUGGCUGUAUCCCUAUCUCAACCUCCGCUGCGAGCUAUGGACAUGAUCCUGUACGACAGUGAGGAACUGAACUUUGAAACGGUGGCGCCUGUUAGAAAGUCGACAGUCAUUUUGGAAUUGCGCAACUGUGUGUCCGCUCGCGCAACGGGGAAACUGUACGAGCUGGGGAUGCCUAAUUUAUUGGAUUUUACCACAUAUAACUGCUACGAUUUAGUGGUUAAAAAGGUGGAUUUCUGGCAUUCGCUCCGCCUAAGAAUGAUUCAGUUUGCCAACUCCACAUUGCAGUAUCUGGAAAAGGGCACCUUUACUGAUCUGCCAGGACUGCGGUUGUUGUCAAUGGACGGGUACUUGGAUCAGAUGGAGGUCUUUAACGAUGAUCUGCAAGAUUAUCUGAAGCGCCUGCAUUGUGGAUGUGACUAUGCAUGGCUGCGACAAUUUCUCAGCACAGACAGACUUCUAAUAAGAAAUAUUACUGAAGGCGAUACGUACGCUAUCCGUACAAACUCCCACAGAAACGCAGCCGCGGCGAAAAGGGAACUUUAUCUUCCCGUUGAUUGUGCUGCUGAUCCUUUUCCACUUGCCAAUAACUCUAUUGAUUUUACUCAAGAAAGGUUUUCCGUGAACGAGGAUCCGUAUGUGAAUAAGUGGCGCGACGGAUGCAAGAAGGACAAAUUUGAGAAUGAGGCUUUCCCGGACUUCUCCCUGGAGACAAUGACCCCGGAAGAGUGCGCUGUGCAGGCCGAAUGUCUCUGUGCGCCCAGCGACAUUCCGUAUACGAACUGUACCGCGUCACCGAAUGCCGGGUUAUACCAAAUCGUUGAUACCGAUUGUAACAACGAAAGCAGUACAAAGCAUAUAAGGCGAGUGACGACCGCUAUAGCCAAACUGCCGCUACGUGCGACUAGUCUUUUACUCUUUGGUAAGUCACCGAUCACCUUCAGCGAUAUCGCUCCAGUCCGGCGUCAAAUUGUCCUGUAUACUUUCAUGAACUGCACCAGUCCGCGUGACAAUGAUAAGCUUAGGCAGCUGGUAUUUCCAAAUCUCCUUGAGUACAAUAUGUGGCACUGUGCAGACCUUGUCGUGAAAAAGUCGGAUUUCCAGUAUUCUCCGAAACUGAGGGACAUCACGUUCUAUAAUACGACCAUCCGUGCACUGGACGGAAACGCUUUCGCCAGUCUGCCUGACUUACGCAUCCUCUCAAUAGAAUUCGACAUGACAGAUGUCCCAUUCGACGGAAGGAUUCGAGAUUAUUUGUUUAGACUGCACUGCAGUUGUGAGUUUGCCGGAUUUCGUCGAUGGUGGAGCAACAAUACAGCUUUACUGCGUUCCGCGGAGGAUGGCGAAGUGUUCAGUCCAGCCGGGUCAUGGAGCAGCACCUAUGAAAGACCCUGGCGAUUGUAUUUGCCGGUUGAUUGCGCAAAAGUCAAGUCGGAGGACCAUUUUGUUGACUUCAACGCGACAAGUUUCUCACUGAAUGAACCUGCUUGUGAAUAAAUAUGAGUUAACUGGAGAUGUAAAUAUACAGUACAGUGAUUCACUACAGCAGCGGUAUCAUCCGGCUCAUUUUGACACACCCGUUCAUAUCUCCUCACAUACGCUGCUAAUGAUACGCUCAUCUCGCCAGUGCAGGAAAUGCUCGAUCUAUAUAAAAAUUUAAUUAUAGUGUGUUUUUUUAAGAUGAUUAGGAUUAUAUUUGUGAUGAUAUUUGAAAGUCCGAUUAUAUUGUUGCAAUUGUUAUUUUUGAAUUUAUGUGCAAUGCAUUAAAA